GGCCAAUCUUCUCCGUUUUCCUUCAGAACGCGGCGUAAGUUUUUACCGCCUCAUGGCCAUCGCUGUAAUCGUGCUACAGUACUAAAUUAGAAAUUAGUGUUCACUAAAAAUGGUUGGAACAGGGGCAAAUCGUAUGCCCUUGACCAAAAUUCAUCCAGUAUUAUUAGGACAGCAAAAAGGAGAUGGUCCAAGUCUGUUGGCACAACACAGGCAACAACACCAAGAGAGACUACACCAAAGAAAUGCCUCUAGCUCUACACAAAACCAGAUGGAUGGACCUCCUGGAUAUGGUCAGCAUGGUCCUAAUCAUGCUAUGAACAAUAUGAGAUACCCACCACCAAACAUGUACCAGCAAAGACCACCUUUCAAUCAGAAUAUGCCACCACCAGGAUAUGGACCCCCUGGUCAACAAAAUUUUAAUCAAGGUCAACAAUAUGGAAAUAACCAAGGUUUUUUAAGUCCAGCUAAUAAUGAUGCACCGCGUAGAAAGCGCAAGAGAGCUAGUCGAUGGGGAGACAAAGAAGAUAAAACAAUUGUGAAUGGUCCCACAACCCUACCUGCUAAUUUGACUGAGGAACAAAGGAAACACUAUUUAGUACAAUUUAAAAUUGAAGAAAUAACGUUAAAGCUUCGAACAGGGGAAUUGGGAAUUCCUGACGAUCCUGCGGACAGAUCACCUUCACCAGAGCCCAUCUAUAACUCUGAGGGCAAGCGAUUGAACACUAGAGAGUUUCGAGUAAGAAAGAAGUUAGAGGAAGAGCGACAUGCUCUAAUUAAACAAGCUAUUGAUGAAAUUCCAAAUUACAAGCCACCGGUUGAUUACAAACCACCAGCAUCAAAAAUAUGUGACAAAGUAUUUAUUCCUGCAGAAAGAAAUCCUGCUGUGAACUUUAUUGGUCUGUUAAUUGGACCAAGAGGAAAUACAUUAAAAAGGCUAGAAAAAGAGACUGGUUGUAAAAUUAUUAUUCGUGGAAAAGGCUCAGUAAAAGAAGGAAAAGUGGGGCGCAUUCCUGGUCAGCUGAUGCCUGGGGAAGACGAGCCCUUACAUGCUCUUAUAACUGGUCCAACAGAACAAGAAGUUAAAAAGGGUGUACAAGUUGUUGGUGAUAUUGUGAAAGAAGGAAUUGAAUGCCCUGAUGCUGCAAAUGAACUCCGUCGAAACCAGUUACGAGAAUUGGCUGAAUUAAAUGGGACACUGAUUGAUGAAGAGAUUAUCAAAUGUAAAAACUGUGGAGCAACUGAUCAUCGUCACUGGGAAUGUCAAGAACAGAAGAAUGUAACUAGUCAAAUAACUUGCCACAAGUGUGGUGGAUAUGGUCACGUGGCUGUCGAUUGUCGUGCCCAAGUUGAUUCUUCUACUGGGCCGUUGCAAACAUUUGCAGAGAAAGCAAAAAUGGAUACAGAGUAUAUGUCGUUAAUGGCUGAGUUAGGUGUUGAUGCUCCACAACCAGCGAAGAAAACCUUCCCAGAUCACCAACCUCCUUCACAGGGGUUCAAGGACACUCAUGGUCAGGCUAACCGUGACAAAGAUUCAUUUCAAGAUAGUAACCGAAGACGUGAGAGUAAAUGGGGACCUCCAUCUGGAAAUCCUCAAGGUCCAAAAUCUUUAAUGGAUGUCAACUUUGGAAAUAAAUCAUCGAAUCAGUAUGGUUCACCAGUCGGUUCAAAUUCCCAACCACCUCCAUGGCUUAACCAGCAACGUGGACCUAGACCUCAACAAGGUUCACCAGCGAACAUGAAUAAUGCACCGUGGCAGCAAGGGCCUGCUCGUGGAGCUGUACCAAACUAUGGAAGUGCUCCUCCCCCACCACCACAAAAUUCACAAAUGGGAAAUAUGCCUACAACAGCGGCUUAUCCUCAGCAAACCCAAGGAGGAUGGCAACAACCAACAGGAUAUCCGCAAUGGCAAAAUCCUUACGGAUAUAAUCCAUAUCAACAAAUGGCUAACGCUUAUGCACCUCCUCCACCAUGGAACCAACAGCCACCUCCCCCUCCGCCGCCACCGCCACCAUCCAGUUAAACAGAAACGAAUAUCGUAACGCAAUAAUAAUAAUUAACAGACGUGUUAUGCGAAAUAAUAGUGUUGGUGACUGGAUGGUAAAAGCACUCCAAAUUACAGUGUAAAUAACCAAACAGCAAUCCUGAAACGAACGAACUUAAAUUUAAUCUUUGUCUGAUAACCUUGUAAAUGUUUAUUGGUUCAUCACCUAUCGUGUUAUGAGGCUUUUAAUACAUACUAUUUUUAGGA